UUUACAGUAUGUGCUGUUAUUCUUAUUUUUGAGAUCUUUUCCAGUUACUGAGGGAGGCACAUAUAAGUAUUCGAUCUCGUUUUAUUUUUUUCUUUCCAUUUGCUGCCUGGCCUCCAGGGAAGGGGGCGGAUAUUCCGCAUCUCCAUCCUCCACCCCGCCCGCCUCUGCACUGGAGGAAGAGAGCAGCAGGAGAACCGCAGACCGACCGACAGGGCGGGAGGAGGUGACGAAGAGAGCCGGACAGUGAGGGGCGAUGGCUGCCGGUGCAGGAUGCGGGGAGUCGGUUGAUCAGUACCGAGCCGAGGUGGAACGGCUCGCCCAGGAGCUGAGCGAAGCGAACAGGGAGAAGAUCCGUGCUGCAGAGUGCGGGCUGGUGGUCCUGGAGGAGAACCAGGCGCUGAAGCACAAGUGUGCAGAACUGGAGAGCGAACAGGAAGCUCUGAGGAAGGAGUUGGAACAAUUACAGGAGGCGUUUGGCCAAGCAUACAGCAACCAGCGUAAGGUGGCCGAGGACGGUGAGAGCAAUGAGGAGACGUUGCUGCGGGAGUCUGCCUCCAAGGAGGCAUACUACAUGGCUCGUAUGUUGGAGCUGCAGACGGAGCUGACCUUGAGUCGUUCUGUGGCUUCCAAUGCACAGUCAGAGAAUGAGAGGCUCAACAUCCUCGGGCAGGAGCUGCGAGAGAGUAAUGAGAUGCUGGAGCUCCAGAGGAGCAGGAUGCGGGAGGAGAUCAAGGAGUAUAAGUUCCGAGAAACCCGGCUGCUACAAGAUUACACGGAGCUAGAGGAAGAGAACAUCACCUUGCAGAAACUGGUCUCUACGCUCAAGCAGAGCCAGGUGGAGUAUGAGGGCCUCAAACAUGAGAUUAAAGUGCUGGAGGAGGAGACUGUUCUUCUGAACAGCCAGCUUGAAGACGCCUUACGUCUGAAAGAAAUCUCUGCGGGACAGUUGGAGGAGGCCCUGGAUGCCCUCAAGAGUGAGCGUGAGCAGAAGAAUAAUCUAAGAAAGGAGCUGGCCCACCACCUCAGCCUGAGCGACAGCGUCUACGGAGCAGGCGCCCAUAUUGCCCUCACUGUCACCGGUGUCGAAGGCCUCAAUUUCCCAGAGGAGUCCAACGGGAGCGGCGGCGCCAACAGCAGCAGCAGCAACAGCGCCAUUCCUACUGCCAACGGCAACAAUGACGACUGCAAUCGGCACAACGGCCACCUCCACGCAGGUGCCGUGUUGACAAAAAUGAACGGAGACUACCGGCCUGGACGAAAAAGCGAAGGUCUGCACCCGGUGCCGGAUCUGUUUAGUGAGCUUAACCUGUCUGAGAUGCAGAAGCUCAAACAGCAGCUGAUACAGGUGGAGCGUGAGAAAGCAGCACUGCUCAUGAACCUGCAGGAGUCGCAGACCCAGCUGCAGCACUCACAAGGCGCCCUGACGGAGCAGAGCGAGCGCGUCCAUCGCCUCACGGAGCGCGUCAACGCCAUGAAGCAGCUCACCGGGGGCAAAGAGCUGGAUGACUCCCAGGAGAGUGAGAAACCCGCGGGAGGCUCGCUGUCGCCGCAAGCGAAUGGUCAUCAUGGUGCGGACGUACAUGGGUUUGAGGUCCUGGAGUGCAAGUACAAGGUGGCAGUGACUGAAGUGAUCGACUUGAAGGCUGAGCUCAAGGCCUUAAAGGAGAAGUACAACCAGGCUGUGGAGGGGCAAGGAGGCGCUCACUGUGACGACAGAGUUCAAGCACUGAGCGAGCAGAUAACCCGUUUGGAAAGCAGCUGUCGCGAAGGCCGCGAGAGGAUGGCCAGUCUCGAGGCGGAACUACGAGCAGCCAGCAGCACUGCCACAGAGAGCCAGGGCAUGCUGAACACAGCGCAGGACGAGCUGGUGACCUUCAGUGAGGAGCUGGCACAGCUCUACCACCACGUGUGUCUGUGCAAUAAUGAGACACCCAACCGCGUCAUGCUCGACUAUUACCGCCAGAGCCGAGUCACACGCAGCGGCAGCUUAAAAGGCUCAGAAGACCCCCGAGCUUUGCUUUCACCUCGCCUGGCUCGACGCCUGGCCGCGGUCUCGGCGCUCUGCUCCUCUGAGGCGCCACGUAACCCCGUGGACUCCCCGUCCAAAGAAGCUCAUCACAGUGACGCAACCACCAACGCCGUGGACUCUCCAGCUCACCACAACAGCCCCACCCGCAACCCCAUCAUCUCCACUGUUGCCAGCGUGUCUCCUUGCCCGUCACCGGUGCCCUCUGAGGCUGGGGGAGACCUGCGUAAGGAGCCCAUGAACAUCUACAACCUGAACGCCAUCAUCAGAGACCAGAUCAAGCAUCUGCAGAGAGCUGUUGACCGCUCACUGCUGCUGUCCAGGCAGAGGGCUGCAGCUAGAGAGCUGGCACCCAUACUUGAUAAGGACAAGGAGUCAUGUUUGGAGGAACUCCUCAAGCUCAAGUCCCUGCUCAGUACCAAGAGGGAGCAGAUAGCCACACUCAGGCUGGUUCUGAAGGCCAACAAACAGACAGCUGAGGUGGCGCUGGCUAAUCUGAAGAGCAAGUACGAGAACGAAAAGGCCAUGGUGACGGAGACGAUGAUGAAGCUGAGAAACGAGCUGAAGGCUCUCAAAGAAGACGCUGCCACCUUCUCCUCUCUCAGGGCCAUGUUUGCCACAAGAUGUGACGAGUACGUUACCCAGCUGGAUGAGAUGCAGAGGCAACUGGCUGCAGCAGAGGACGAGAAGAAGACGUUGAACUCCCUCCUCCGCAUGGCUAUACAGCAGAAACUGGCUUUGACGCAACGCCUGGAAGACCUGGAGUUUGACCACGAGCAGAUCCAUCGAGGCCGCGGCGCUAAGGUGCCCAAGAUAAAGACCAGCCCUCCCAAAAUCGUCAGCAGCCUGCUUCCUCAGUAUCGUCAUUCUACCCACAACUAAGGCGAGGGAGAGCCUCCCUAAGCCGCAGUCCUAGAUUUAGGUCGGGCUUCCUGGAACACAAAGCAGUUCUGUCCAGCAGUCGAAUCCCUCUCUCCCCUUGUGACCUUCGGAACUGCCUGGCCCUUCGACCCCAGCACCCAGGCACCUAACCCAGGCCCAGUUGGAAGUCGUGUAACCACUCCACCACCUUGUGGCCCGAGGAAGAUCUCACUGGACUCCAUGACCCACAAAGUGCAAACGAAAAACUUUGUGACAAAUGACUAGGCUACUUCCCCUGUUUGUAUUUAUUAGGACUAAUCAAUAAUGGUGAGUAUUUAUUUAUUGGAUAUUUAUUACAGUAUUACUUUUUUUCCUGUUGGCUGCUCGCUCCUUGACUGUACCACAGUAAAAGACAGUAUUUAAAGGUUGGUUUUAUCAGUCAAAAACUUACUUUCAACAUUUUCGAAUCUUUGACAUUGCCAUCCAAGUAGUAGAAUGGGCUAUAAUAGAAGAAUUUCUUGUAUUGGAUUGAAAGGAACUUCCUAACCUCACUAGUUUUCUUUGGAUGCUUGUGCUUUUAUAUAUAUAUAUAUAAAUAUUUUUUGCAAAUAAUUACUUUUUUUUAUAACUUAUUUUCUUCUUUUAAAUUUUAGAGCAGACUUCAAAGAUGUUAGUUGAUGAAAUGCAGAGGCAGAUGCUUGAUAUCAGGCUACUAGCCUACGUUUUAUUGAUUAUUUUUAUUUAUUUGGAGUUGCACAGGGUCAAGUGACCACGUAGGGACCAGUUAGUUGUAAUCAAUGUAGUAUUCUUUAAAGCAGGGGGCGGGAACCUUUUAGGCCAAGAAAGCCGCAUACUUUAAAAUGUAUUUCCGUGGGGCCAUAUCAUAUUUUUUAACACUGACUACAACUAAAUGUGUGCAUUUUAGAAUAUAAUGAGUCACUGAAUUUAUUCUUAUUAAUAACGUUGUUAUACUGAAGCUAACCAACAACGCUUCUUACCAUUAAUGCGACUUCUGGUGCUGCAUGGUUUGACACGGUACUCCUCGUCUGUCUUUCUUUUCGGCAUUUUCUUUGUCAAAAGGGUUCGCCCUGCAGAGUUAGCUACUUCACUAUUCGAUUAAAGGAGGGAAGUUGACCUCUCAGGCUACCACAUUAUCCACCAGUAGCCCGGAAAACAUUGGAAGGACAGCUGGCAUUGCGGUAUAAAAUGGAUGGAUGGAUGAAAAUGCAUGAGAUUGUUUUACGUUUUGAAAGUUAUUUUUGACACUGCGAUUUCUGUGGUGUUUUACUUGAAAGUGUCAGCAGAAAUAAAGACCAUUUUAUCGUGUUAAGAAAUGUCUGAGAGCCAGAUGCAGUCAUCAAAAGAGCCAUAUCGUAGGUUCCCUACCCCUGCUUUAAAGGUUAGUGUUAUAUUGGAAGCAUGUCAUGUAUUUUCUUUCCAAGUUCUUCCACUCUUACAGGCUUUACUCGGGUUGGAAAGAAUUCUGGAAAAUAUGAGAAACUUUCUAUGAUAAUGUUGGAGUUGUUGGCCACUUUCCAUGGGAGUUUUUAAUUUGGUUGUAUUAACAUUUUCAGGCAAUUUAUACAAACUGUGUUUUAUAAAAACAUUUUUUUACAUAAAAUAUACAAAUUAAUUUUCAAUUCAUUAGUAUUCCAAUUUUUUUAAUGCAAGAUAUAAAAAAAAAUACGUGGAUUAUCUGAAAUUUAAAAAAAUAUAUAUAUGCAAAAGUUUGUAAAUCUAAAUUUUCGGAGAUUAAAAAAAGCUCACAAAAUGUGGAAAUAUGUUUCACAAAAGUCCACCCCUAACAUUCGGCUAUACCGUACAUUAGAGCUAUAAGUCAGUGUCCAGCUUGCACAGCAGUAUAGAUUUACUGUCCACUGAAAAUAAGUCAACACACGGCCAUUAUUGCCUAACUAGCUGGCAACACAAGUACGGUGAACAUGUCCACAUUGUGUCCAAAUAUUUUGUGUAGGCACCACUGUUAUCUAGCACUGCCUUGAUCGUCUUGGGCAUGGAAUUCACCAGAGUCCUCAUUGACUCUUUCAUGAUGACAUCGCGGAGCUGGUGGAUGUUAGACACCUGGGUGCUCAAAUGGUCUGGAGGAGACAAAACUUGGCCACUCCAUCAGCUUCACCCUCAGCUUCCUCAGGGGGAGGGGAUCACGCUCUGCUUCGCAAUGUCACAGUACAUGAUGGAAUUCGUGUUUCCCUCAACGAACAGCAGCUCCUCAGUGCCCGCAGCACUCAUGCGGCCCCAGAUCAUGACGCCACCACCUCCAUGUUUGACUGUGGGCAAGACGCAGUUAUCUUGCUGCUCACUUGCGUUGGCUGCAAUUUUGACAAUAAUGACUGUGUUGAGUCAUUUUGAGUGGCUAGUAACUCUAUUGGGCAAACUGCGGCCCGCAGGCCACAUCAGGACUGCCAAGCGUCUUAAUCCGGCCCACUGAGCGUUUCCAAAUUCCUUUCCUUUUAAGCCUUUAACAUGGAAACUGUAGCUGGCAGCAUGACUUGCAGUGCUAUUGUGGCACGUUUGAGUCGCCAAAAUAGUCAGAUUCAAUCUGUGGCUUGUACACAAACGCCAUCCACAAAGUAACCUACCUUCUGCACCGUGUGGGCGUACAAACAAAUAUCUACACACAAUACCCAUGCCCAAAAAACACACAUAUAGUCCCGCCGCAAGGCAUGCUGGGUAGCUCGUGGUACUCUUUAUCGCAACAUUUUGCUAUGCUUGUCGCAUUUUUGCUUGAUUGCAAAAUAUGUUGAGGAGGUCAUUGGAGAAGUAAACAAGGAGGAGUUAACAUGCUCUUCAUAUCCGACGUUUUAUUGUUCAUAGUUCGUAUUGUUGUUGCAGCUGGACGGCCCAGCAUGCCUUGCGGGCAUUUGGAACUAGCAGUUUUAAGUUACGGGUUAUGUUUAGCCCUUAGUUGUUGUUCAUCACAGUAGUUGAUUUAUGCGACGUGUUAACUUGGUGUAGCUGUGUUGUGUUUUCGUAUCGUUGCGCCGCAAGCGAGUAUGUCGUUCUGUUUGAUUCUACCCAAUAUAGAUGACCCAUGCAAAUUUUUUAACCCAAUGUGGGCCUGAAAGUCAAAACGUUUGUAUAUCCAAGUUUCUACAGUAUUGUCCCUCUAGAACAUAUUGUACUCACUUUUGCGUAUAAACAAGUUCAUGUUGAAUGCAACAUAUGGAAAACACACAGUCAAGUUAUAUUAUUGAUUGCUGACUGGGUGUAAUCUGUAGGUUUCAGUAGUACAGUAGUAAGCUGGGUGCCUCCUGGGUACGGGGUAGAAAUUCAACUGGAACUAAAAGUGGUUGUUUGAACCAUGAAUAUGCUCCCAAAUAUAACAUUUACCCUGCACGUUUGCAAAUCCCCCGUUUAUUCUUCCGUUUAUUCACGUAGAAUGUUUCCGACUUCCAGAAUUUUUCAGCCCGAGUUUAACCCAUAUCGUAUCGUCCACAUGAAACUCUGACCAUAUGCUUCCUCCGCAGUGUAUGCAGUACUGUCCAAGCACAAUUAUGCAAUAUGCAUCACAGCAAUUAUACGGCAUCAACUGAUGCGCUUAAACCUUCACCGACUUCAUGAGGAAACUAUCAAGGAAGUUUUAUUUAUAUAGCUCCAACUCCCAGCAGACCUUAUCUCAAGGCACUUUACACCUGCAGCAGGUCUAGGACCAGGUCUCGGACCACACUCCUAAUGCGUUAAAGAUCCAAUGACAAUCCCACUCAAAACGCCAUCGCCGGUCAAGUGUUUUAAAAACACAUUUCUCAAUGGGUUGUUUUGUUUGUCUGUGUGAAUUUGUGGUCCAAAUGUAUUAUUAUUAUUAUCAUGCAGGCUCGCAGGUGACCAACCUACCGUUGCCUGUUUGCACAAUAAAGCGGCAUAGAAGGCAGAUAAUGUUUUUAGCGCAAGAACAGUUGUACGCUGAGGUGCAACUGGAUUUCCAGUUUGUCCUCCUUUUAAAACUGCAUUUUAAUUGGUUUCACAAUUAAACAACAGAUUGUCUUUGGAAAGAUUUGUGUGGUGUCCUAUUAUUUGCAUUUGACAGAAAUGUAAUUAUUCUUCCUUGACGAAAACAAUAGUGGUGACUUUUGAUUGACACGUGUAGUUUGCAGUAGUGCUUCUAAUAUUUUAUUACUUUACAAAAAAAAUGUUAUCCUUUUUCGUGAAACAAGCAAAACGGGGUGUCUAGCUGAUAUAAGAAGCAGAGUUUUAACCUGCGUUACCUGUAGGUGUGGUCGUGUGGUUCUCCUGCCGUCCUGUAGGUGGCGGUAAUGUACACUACAAAGGAGUUGACAACUGCCAACGAACUAAAGAAGUCAUGUUCAGAAGUAUUUUCUGGUCUGCUAUCAAAGCUCACAUUAAAAUAAAUUC